AUGUCUUACCAACCUACCCCUCUACGCGUAUUGAGUCUAAAUUGUCGGGGCCUAAAUGUGCCGGAACGCCGCUCACACCUGCUACGGGAUCUCCGGAAAGCUCAAAUUUCGGUAGCUAUGCUUCAGGAAACCCACUUCCUGGAAGGCUCCGCACCGAAGUUACGGAACCAACACUACCCACACAACUCCUUCAACAACCACCCCACGUCCCGUAGAUCGGGAGUGGCUAUCCUACUGGCUGCCGAGAUGGACUUUAGGGUACUAGACAGGAUGUCGGACACGCAAGGGAGAUUUCUAUUUUUGAAAGGUACUAUCGCCGACAAACUAUACACCCUGGUGUCAGUCUAUGUGCCAAACACGAACCAAGCGCGAUUCCUCCGGGGAACUCUAAACAAGCUCCGGGGCUUCUCGGAAGGGGCGCUUAUAGUGGGAGGUGACUUUAACGCCCCACUGGAUUCUCGACUAGAUGCAUCAAACGGGCGCAGUUGUUUACCACUCAAGCAUACAAUCCAUACGUAA